AUGUCAAGUCCGACUAGAUGGGUAGUCUUGUCAUCACUGGCUCUAGUAUUGGUCGGAAAUUACUAUAUAUACGACAUUCCAACAGCACUCAAUCGCCAACUUAAUGCAGCCAUGGGCGUUGACAAGAAGCAAUGGCAGUUUAGCCUUGCACAAUCGUAUUCAUUCUACACAUUGCCCAACAUUAUCAUGCCGUUUGUGUCGUCCAUCCUCGUUGACCGAAUAGGAUCUCAUUGGGCUCUGGUGAUACUAUCUCUAUGUACGAUUUCUGGUUCGAUUGUAUUUGCUGCUGGAGUGUAUAUGCAAGAUAUGUUUGUAUUUCUGGCUGGACGAUUUAUCUUGGGACUUGCAGGAGAAUCGCUAGGAGUUGCACAGGCGCGACUAACCUGCCGCUGGUUUGGUGGACCAGAACUAGCAUUUGCUCUUGGUAUCAAUCUAUCUACUGCGAGAUUAGGAUCAGUACUAAAUGACCUGCUUACACCUACGUUUGCUAUGCUUCCGACUACCAUGUACAAUGGAAUUCUUGUGGGAGAGCAUGCUUCUACGCAGUUUGCCGUGUUUAUAGGGGUGUUUGUCAGUUUUUGUUCAACGCUGGCAGCAAUUAUUGCUGUCAUCAUUGAUCUCUAUACCUUCCAAGAACCAAUCUACCAAUAUCAAAAUAUACCUUCAUACCAAGAUUCCGUGGGCGGUAGUGCCAUUGACAACACAUUACACCCUUACGAGGAUCAUCACAACAUUGACUGUAAUGCAUCGUUCCAGGAAUCAAACACGGGUAAUUUUAUAGAACACCACGCCAGUACUUCAAAUCUGCAGCCAAUUCAACACGGUGCAAGACCUUCGAAUUUAUCAUUUGCUUCUUUAUCGGUUGGGAGCUCUACAAUGUCUGGUUUCAUAGCACCACAAACUGUUGUGAGAACCUGGUGGAGUCCUUUGACGGAUAAUUUGGCUCAUGUUCAACAUGACACGACUUUGAAUGCUGAUAUGCAUACAAGAACAUCGGAAACUGCAAAUAGUAUCAGAGAUUCUAUUCAAACAUCUUAUGCAGAACAGAGUCAGCCAGUCCAGAAUAUUCGUGACUCAUUGGGAAAAAGUGUUCCUACUAUCCAUUACCUGCAGAGCUUUGGAUCAAUUUCAAAUGCUACACAAAGUGCUGAUUCCGUCUCUACUAUUAAUCCUGCUCAAGCGAGGACCGCGUCUUUAUCCUUGGUCAGUCCACGCAGUCUUGCACAGUCAUCACAUCGACGACCAUCGCAAUCACUUAUUCAAACAAUGCCAUUAGUUGUUGAGGAAGAACAAAGGGAAUCUACCCAAGGACUUUCAUCGCCUGAUGAAUACCUUACAUCUGCCUAUCAUACCAACGACAAUAUAGCAUCUGAUUAUAGCAUGUGGACGGAAAUAUGGUAUUUGCCACUUGAAUACUGGCUGAUUGUCAGUCUUAUGGUGAUCUAUUACGGGAGCACAAUGGCAUUGAUAAACGUUCUUGGAGAUGAACUGCAGAACAUUUUGCUCUUUCCAAAAAACUCACAGCAAGCUGGAUGGAUGCUUGCUAUACCUGAUUUAGUAUCUACAAUACUGGUGCCGGUGUGUGGAUCAAUAAUUCAGUAUCGCGGACGCAGAAUAUUUAUUUUAGGAGUAUGUGGCAUGCUGCUGGUGAUAGUGCACGCUGUGCUUGUGUUUGCAAAAAAUACCAUGGUUCCUGCUGCGGCGAUUUAUGCCAUCUGUCUUGUGGUUCUUGGAAUAGUAUAUGCUUUUUAUAUUUGUAUUGUAUGGCCUUUAAUUGCAUUUGUUGUGCAAGAUAGUUUUCAGGAAAUGUCAUACACUCUGUCAACUUCGCUGUUAAACACUGGUCUUACGAUUAUCCCACUUUUGUCAGCACAAUCUAUCAUCACCUCUGGCUCGGUUUCAGACUAUACCCAAAUGCACUAUUUACUCAUGGGGCUAUCGGCAUUUGGUACGUUUGUGAUUUGUCCGUUACUCUUUUGGAAGGAUCAAGUUUCAAACGAAGGGAUAAUCAACACAACUGGUGAUGCUGAAUAUGUUCAGCGUGUUUCCCAUCGCAUUAUAUCCGAGUCCGAUAUUUAUUGUGAUUACGAUAUCUAUCCCAACUAUUAUCAGCAGGCUGAUCAUCCCAUAGGAUAUGAUGGGCGAAACGACGAAGAUGGCUUGAGCGAAAAUUGCAUUGAUCGUAAUCAUCAGCAGUAUAACUCUAAAAUGUCGUUAUCAAAUCCUCAAACUUUGGAUCAUUGUUCGACCAAGUUGACCGAUACAAAACGAUGGUUUGAGUAUGGUACAAUGUAUGGCACUAUUGUGGACGAGAAUACAGGCAAAGUUGUAGCUUGCAACUCUAAACGAUCGUUGCCGAUUGAAGCAAAUGGUUUAAACCCCUAUGAGCAAUCACAUUGCGAUAAUUUACAGGUAUACAACUCUGCAGGCUCAAAAGCACUCAGCGAUACCACAUACAAUCCAUAUAGUGCGUUGAUUCAUUAG